UCUGGGUGCUCUUCUUGUUUUCUCGGCCAUGCCCGAGCCGGCCAAGUCGGCUCCGGCCCCGAAGAAGGGCUCCAAGAAGGCGGUGACCAAGGCGCAGAAGAAGGACGGCAAGAAGCGCAAGCGCAGCCGCAAGGAGAGCUACUCGGUGUACGUGUACAAGGUGCUGAAGCAGGUGCACCCCGACACCGGCAUCUCGUCCAAGGCCAUGGGCAUCAUGAACUCGUUCGUCAACGACAUCUUCGAGCGCAUCGCGGGCGAGGCGUCGCGCCUGGCGCAUUACAACAAGCGCUCGACCAUCACGUCCAGGGAGAUCCAGACGGCCGUGCGCCUGCUGCUGCCCGGGGAGCUGGCCAAGCACGCCGUGUCCGAGGGCACCAAGGCCGUCACCAAGUACACCAGCUCCAAGUGAACUUGCCAAGUAAGCGUCUUGUGAUCCAACCCCAAAGGCUCUUUUCAGAGCCAUCCAUACUUUCUAAGAAAGAGCUUUGCACUGUUUACCUUUGAUUAAAGUAGAAGUAAAUACUUUUUUUUUUUCCUUUUAACAUAAGUAGCUUUAGGUAAACUGUAGCUUCUAGCUAGCUUUUGGGAUUUGCAGUUCACUUUUAGUGUUUUAGUUUGUGGUUGACUUUUAGUAAUAACAUUUUGUCUAGUAAGACAUCAGUGCAAAUAAGACCUCGGAUCUUUCGUUGGGCUGCAGAAGUAUUUGGAGGUCCCGUGGAGAACCUCUCCCAGUAGUUCCGGCUUUGUCAGUUUAUCUCUGGUUAGGCCUCACUAAAUUGCCUCCAGAGUUAAAGGAUUAAUCAGGAUCUUGGAGUGGUAAGUUUCAGUUGAUGAGACUGGAGAAUUAUUCAGCUAUUUUCUCUAAUUCUUGCUCCCCAGGCUGGAGUAGGCCCACAGCCUCCUUCAUCUUUUAAAACUGUAUUUGGGAGGUAGUGUGUCGGGACAGUUGUGCUGACUGAAAAUGGUGACAGGGCCACCAGGCAGUAUGAUUUAGAUUGUGUUCCAUUUUCUACUUUCUCACCUAGUUAACUCAGGCUGGUUACCCCUGGAGAUACCCUCACCACCGUCCACCAUCUCCCAUUAAAAUUCCAAGCAUUGUUAAAGACCUAUUAGUGUAACCAAUAUGGUUUGAAAUUAAAACUGAGUUCUUUCUCGUGGAGCUGAGUGAGGAGCUGGAAAUGUUUCUUCUCCACCUCUUCAAUUCUGUAAAAUCCUAUUCCCAGUCAUGCAGCACGUUUUUUUCUGUCUUUGUUUCUGUUGCAGGGAAGUCUGGUGCCUCUGAUGGGAAGCCAUAUUAAAGGCAUGCCUGGUUUGGGUGCUGUUUUUGGAUUACCAGCUUUAGUAAAUCCAGGAAGAUCUACUGUCAUUAACUUUGCUCAAGAGUAAGGACUCGCAGAGUGGAUUGCAAGAACAAAACACGUGUGGCCGGGUUACUUCUUAAGCCUAACUUUGAGAUUUACUUUCUCAAAGCAACCACCAUUCUUCACUAGUACAUUUAUCCCGCAAACUGAUCUUGGGUGCCUCACAGGUGCUAAGAAAUGUACCUGCAAUGGGAAAGUUCCAGCGUCUUCAGAAGAAACAGUUAAGAAAAUACGGACUCUAAAAAGAAAUUGGGAAGGGAGCCAAAUGGAGCCUGCUGCUUGGGGCAAGUCCUGUAGCAGGGAGGGGAAGCGCGCUCCAGGCAGAGUGGUCUGGACUUAGAAAGCCUCUGGGAGGCCUGCAGGCUGGAAUUGCUGGAGAUGAAUGUGGAACGGGAAGGAGAAGGUGCCGCAGAGAAUCUUACGAUACUCAGGAGCUUUGUACACCUUGAAAAGAAAUAUAAAAGUUUAUCUACUAGGGGACGGCAGACUGCAGAAUUUUAAAAUCUUAUAAAAUGUAUGAUUCAGAAUCAUUAUUCUGGUGGCCCAGUUGAGAAUGGAUUGAAAGGGGGGUGAGAUCCAGGUCAAAAGUUUGGAAAUACCAGCCAGGGGUGAGGGUCUGAACUAAGGAGGGGGCAGCAAUUGGGAAGAGGAGGAGGAGGAGGGGAAAAAAGGUGGAGAGCGGAGGAAAAGAAAGCAGAAAGGUUAGGCCUUGCUGCAGAAUGACUUACAGGGGAAGGUGAAGGAGGACAGGCUGGAAUGUCUCUCAAGAAAGGGCUUCAGAAAGUGGGCUUGGGAGGAAAGACUUGCAGUGUUCAUUCUGACUCAACACCGCAAAGCACCUAAGCAUAUAUUGAACCGCUGUCUGAGGUUCUCAGUUCUCAGCUUAAAAGAGUUUGAGAAAACUGCGGAAUCAGGAAGGUCAUUUGGAUCGACUCC